GGAAUGGCGAGGGCCGGGCCGAGGAGCUGCCUCGAGGGGCGACCUUUCCCCUCGCUUUCUCUCCCGGGUUCGCCUUGCCCCGCCGUCCCUCACGCCCGCCUUUCUUGAAAGGAAAGGCCUUCCCGGCCUGGGAAAACCACGCCCGGAGGUGAAGAGCGCAGAGGGACUUUGCACAUGCUCAGAGGCCGCCUUUUUUUUCCUUCCCCCAUCCCCGAAUCGGGGCCGCUUCCCUUGUCUUUUGCGCUCGAAGAAAGGAAAAGGGGAGCCGCGCGUGAUAUUGCGGGAAGGAAGUGCGCUUUGCACAUGCUCGGAAGGGAUCUCGUCUUUUGCUUUCUUGCAUCGCCCUCCUUUGCUGGGACGGCCUUUUUUUUUUUUUUGCCCCCUCCCCGUUUCGGUCUCCAUUAUCGACUGGGGGGAAGAAAGAAGAAAGACGGGCGUUUGUUUCAUCGGUCGCCUCAUUUUUUGUGGAAGAUCGAAACAGUUUUACCAUGAAUGUUGGAAUCGACAAGACUGGGGAGGACAAAAUGCAAGACAGUCUCGUAAACCUUAACAAAGAAAGAGAGAACGAGGGACGUGAUAGUCAGGAGGUGAAAGACAAUGAGAAAAAGAUAAUAGAAGACAACAGAAAUGAGGACUGCACAUCUACCAAGGAUGAUUUACAGGAGCUGCAGGGGAUUAAAAUGGAACAAGGUGAAAGCGCUAAGGCCUUGGUGACGGAAGAGGAGGAGGAGGAGGAAGAAGACAGAAACCACAAGGAGGUGCAGCCUGAUUCAGACAUGAUUGACCUGAGUCAAGUGAAAGAAGAAGAGGAAGAAGGCAAGGAAGAGAACAGCAGUGGGGAGAUAGUGGAUUCUGGAAGCAUUGAGAGCAGAGAAGAAGACGAGCCGCUGGCUGGGAGACUAGAGGAGAUCAAGCAAAGAUACGGAAAUUUGUGUCAGAACAGCACCGUUUUCCAAGAAAUGAUCCUGCGGCUCAAAGCCGGAUGGAGGAACCAAAAUAAGGAACGUGAUUGUUUGCCUGGGGGCUCGGAGGGACUGCAGCUGAACAGGAUGAUGUGGGGCGGAGACGAAGUCAGCUUUACCCCCAGCGUUGGGGGCCAAUUGGGGGCCCUGGACAGUCCCUCGAGGACGGUGGAUUGUCUGCUGGAGGCCAGAGCUCCAAUCUCGAUCCCAUUCGGUGGGGGCUUCUUCGACUUCAGCGAGUUUGCGGUCCAGCAGAGUUUCCUUCAGAGGAAAGGCCAGGAGCUCUCCAAAACGUUUGGGUCAGGCCUGAGCUCCGGCGUGGUGGAGCUCCGAACUCAGGAGAAGCCGCUGCUGGGGGAGAAACCCUACGAGUGCAACGAGUGCGGGAAAAGCUUCGGCAAGCGCGCCACUCUGAACACCCACGGCCGGACGCACACGGGGGAGAAGCCCUUCCAGUGCUCGCACUGCGACAAGCGCUUCAGCCAGAGCUCCCACCUCCAGCUGCACAAGCAGACCCACACGGCGGAGAAGCCCUACAAGUGCAACGAGUGCGGGAAGAGCUUCGGCAAACGCUCCACCCUGAACACCCACGGCCGGACGCACACGGGGGAGAAGCCCUUCAAGUGCUCGCACUGCGACAAGCGCUUCAGCCAGAGCUCCCACCUCCAGCUGCACGAGCGGACGCACACGGGGGAGAAGCCCUACAAAUGCCUGCUGUGCGAGAAGAGCUAUAACCAGCGGUCCAGCCUCAUCAUCCACGAGCGGAGCCACACGGGCGAGAAGCCCUACUCCUGCCUGGAGUGCGGGAAGAGCUUCAGCCAAAAGGCCACCCUGGUCCUCCACGAGAAGAGCCACCGUGGGGAGAAGCCCUACAAGUGCCUGGAGUGCGGCAAGGGCUUCAGCCUGAGCGCCGACCUCAUCCGCCACCAGAGCAUCCACACGGGAGAGAAGCCCUACACCUGCUCCGAGUGCGGGAAGAGCUUCAGCCAAAACUCCCACCUCAUGGCCCACAUCCGGACCCACACGGGCGAGAAGCCCCACAAGUGCCUGGAGUGCGGCAAGGGCUUCAACUGGAGCUCGGAGCUCAUCGCCCACGAGCGGACGCACACCGGCGAGAAGCCCUACCAGUGCCUCUACUGCGCCAAGAGCUUCAGCGUCCGCUCCAGCCUCAGCAAACACGAGCGGACCCACACGGGCGAGAAGCCCUUCGUCUGCCCACAGUGCGGGAAGGGCUUCAUCCAGCGCUCCAGCUUGGUGGCGCACGAGCGCUCCCACACCGGCGAGCGGCCCUACCUGUGCCUGGGCUGCGGCAAAGGCUUCCGGGAGAGCUCGCAGCUCAUUGCCCACGAGCGGACCCACACCGGCGAGAAGCCCUACGUCUGCUCGGAGUGCGGCAGCUGCUUCAAAGCCAAGGCCGCCCUCCUCCGCCACCAGCGCGGUCACUUUGGCCUCAACUCGUUCAUCUGUGCCGACUGCGGGAAGAUUUUCUCCUCAGCCGCGGAGUCCACGGAGAAGUGUCCCGAGUGCGUGAACCUGAGCCUGAUGUCGGAUCUUGUGCGGGCGUCGGAAGAGGCUGAUCUGGAAACGGCCGAAGGAGCGGGACAAAGUGACGAUGCUAAGAUGUGAACGGGCGAGGCCGGCUGGGCCUUGGGUGUUCUGCUUUUUUUGCCGGGCGUACAGCUAGCUUCCUCUUCAGACCCCACAAAAGGGACUGUGCUGCGGCCGACGGAGGGCCGGUUUUGUCGACGGGAGGUGACUGGGCUGCUGAAUGCCUUCCCCUCAGAUGUGAGAUGGCCAUCGCAGUUUUGGUUCCUGUUGCCAAACCGGGCCCGUUUCAGACCCUUUUGGAGGGAAACUGGAAAUGCAGAGAGGGGACCAGAAUCAGGUGGAUCCGAAAACGACAGAGAAUGCCUGAAGUUUUAGUAUCGUCCUUUGCUACCCAGGGCCUAGAAUGCAGUUCCUGAUCAACUGGAAAGUUGGAUCUGUAGCAGAGGAACCAUGUGUCUUUGAAGCUCUUUUUUUUGGUCCACGGGUCCCCUUGCCAUCUCUCUGAAGAGACUUCGGUUUCACAGAGGGGUUUUUUAAAACGAAUUGCGUUCAACUUUUUAAUGGAUUUGAGCCGUAAAGAACUUUUACCUCACGAAAUCCUAGUGGAUGCAUGUGAAAUACUUGGGAGCGGCCUGGCCUUCAGAUCGGGCUUGAGUCAGCCUACCUGAGCACAGAGCCAGAAUGUGUUUUUUUUUUGCCUUGCAUCAAAAAAUAGUGGCACAGAAGCAAAAAAAUACCAGAGGGGACAUUAACGGAGGAAAACUGGUUUGGUCACGUUGGACCUUGAGCAACCAAUUCGAUCCCUAUCUCGUUUCACAUUUGCUUUAGAGAGCAAGCUCAGCUGACUAGGUUUUUAUUAUUUAUUCGAUAGCUAGAUUAGACAUGCAAGCUUUUUCUCCCUUCGGAUGAAAUGAGGGUGAUUUGGUAGGACAUCCCAAUGAACGUGGGGACAUCCAGGUCCAAGAUGGCUGGAAUGAAAGGCAGCUUUCCAGACGGGCACCCCGGUAAAGAGAGAUUGCAGGAAAACAUAACGUCUGAACACAACUCUUUUCCAAGAAAGCCGUUCUAGGUACCUCAAGAAGGUGUGGCUCUGUUACAAGAGAGGGAAAAAUGAACUGUUAACAGUUUUGCACUUAAUUCCCUGGAAGUGGAAAGCUAGUAGCUCGGGGCUAGUACAAGGCUAUCUCUUGUACUACUUGCAGUGAACCUGUUCCGUAAAUAAACCUAUUUAGGCAGCAUUUUUCCUCCUGUUCGCCCUGCAGUAGUGUAUCUCAACCUUGACAACUUUUAAG